AUGUUCCCGGUUCAUCGAAAUCGAGAUGAUGUGAUCAUUCAGCAAGGUGAUGAGGGCGACAAUUUUUACAUCAUUGAUCAGGGCCAAGUCGAGAUCUUCGUUAAUGGGGACUAUAUCAGUAGUGUUGGCGAGGGGGGCUCCUUCGGAGAGCUUGCUCUCAUCUAUGGUGUUCCAAGAGCAGCGACCGUGCGUGCUAAGACUGAGGUGAAACUUUGGGGCAUAGACCGUGAUUCCUACCGACGGAUCUUAAUGGGUAGCACGAUACGCCGACGCAAAAUGUAUCAAGAUUUUCUUUCACGUGUGCCAAUCUUAGUCUGA